AUGUUCAUCUCUAGUCGAAUUUUACCAUUUCUUUCCAGAAAUACACACGUUUUAAGGCAUUCUGCCCGGUGUCUGUCUUCUGAAUCGAAGCCUGCUCCAUGGCCACGAAAAGUGUUCUCUGGUGUGCAACCGACGGGCGCCCUGCAUAUUGGCAACUAUCUUGGUGCGGUGAAACGGUGGGUAGAGUUGCAAGAGGCCGGAGAGGAUGUAACGUACUGCAUUGUUGAUUUACACUCCAUGACCAUCCCACCGGAGCCAGAAACGUUACGUCAUAAUACACUGCAAAUGACGGCGACCUUGUUGGCCUGCGGUAUCGAUCCGGCCCGUGCGACACUGUUUCUACAGUCAGCCGUCCCGCAGCAUGUAGAACUGUCCUGGAUUCUCGGUUGUCUUACCACGAUGGCUCGCCUAACGCAUCUCCCACAGUACAAAGAAAAGUCUGCAAACAUGAAGGAAAUCCCUCUGGGGUUGUAUCUUUACCCCGUGUUGCAAGCUGCCGAUAUUAUGCUGUACAAAGCUACACACGUCCCUGUCGGGGAGGAUCAAAUUCAGCAGCUACAGCUGGCACAAUCGCUGGCACGCGCAUUCAACAAUAAGUAUGGCCGAACCUUUCCAUUCUGCGAAACACUCGUGAACGAUGGAAGCCGGUUAAAAUCGCUGCGAGACCCUUCGAAAAAAAUGUCCAAAUCAGAUCCCGAUCCAAAGAGCUGCAUUAUGCUCAUCGAUUCGCCCGAUAUAGUGCUGGAGAAGGUGAAGAAAUCUGUGACGGAUUUCAAAUCGGAGGUAUCGUUUAACCCGGAGGAACGGCCGGGUGUGUCUAAUCUGAUCACCAUCCAUUCGCUUGUGAGUGGAAAAACGCCGGACGAGAUAUGUCGGGAAGUGGAGGGCAAAAAUACUGGCCAGUAUAAAUUGAUAGUUGCCGACGCGUUGAUAGAACAUUUGCGUCCGAUCCGGGAGCGUAUGGAGCGGUACACACAGGAUGUGGGCUUUCUAGCAAGCGUUAUCGAGGAAGGUAGCGAACGGGCAAGAACGAUAGCGGAACAAACGAUUGACGAAGUGAAGCAAAAAAUUGGCGUAGACUGCUUCAAUGUGGGACGGUUGCGACGAAAUGUGCGGCAUGAGAAUAAAUAUUAG